UCGCCCGCGGGCUGCCGCCUAUGGGCCUGCUGCGCCUGAUCGGCUUCUGCCUCCCCGAUGCUCCCGGCGUCCCCGUCUCGCCGCCGCCGCCGCCGCUGCUCCCGCCGGGGCGAAGGAGGCUCCUCCUGCUCCUGCUCCUGAUCAUGCUGGCUGUGUGGCUCUGCAUGGUCUAUUCGUGUGCCGCCGCCGGCUCGCCGCCGCCGGGCUCCUCCGCCCCUGCCCGGCGGGCGCACGGCCCGGCGCUCUCCAAGCUGCUCCUGUUGCGGGCGCCCGCCGCCAAGGGCCAGCUGAGCCCGGAGCAGGAGAGCAGCGACGAGGAGGAAGACCCCGAGGACGACGCGCCGGCGCCGGACCCGCCCUGCUCCAUCUCCAGCUUCCUCAACGGCUCCGGCACCAAGCGGCUGCCCCAGGCGCUCAUCGUCGGCGUGAAGAAGGGCGGCACCCGGGCGCUGCUCGAGUUCCUGCGGGUCCACCCGGACGUGCGGGCGGUGGGCGCCGAGCCCCACUUCUUUGACCGCAGUUACGAGCGCGGGCUCACCUGGUACAGAGAUUUGAUGCCAAGAACACUUGAUGGGCAGAUCACCAUGGAGAAAACUCCCAGCUACUUUGUCACCAAGGAAGCACCUGCUCGCAUCGCUGCCAUGUCAAAGGGCACAAAGCUUAUUGUGGUGGUGAGAGACCCAGUUACCAGAGCCAUUUCUGACUACACACAAACUCUGUCCAAGAAGCCUGAUAUCCCCACCUUUGAGAGCCUGACCUUCAAAAACAGGACUACGGGCCUCAUCGAUACCUCCUGGAGUGCCAUCCAGAUUGGCAUUUAUGCCAAGCAUCUGGAAAAUUGGCUCCUAUAUUUCCCCAUUGGUCAGAUUCUCUUUGUCAGUGGGGAAAGGCUAAUCAGUGACCCUGCGGGUGAGUUAGGCCGGGUCCAGGACUUCUUGGGCCUCAAAAGGAUCAUCACAGAUAAACACUUCUACUUCAACAAGACCAAGGGCUUCCCCUGCCUGAAAAAGGCAGAAGGCAGUAGCAAGCCUCAUUGCCUGGGCAAAACGAAAGGGCGGACCCAUCCGAACAUUGACCAGAAGGUGGUCCAGAGGCUACGAGAGUUCUACAGGCCUUUCAACAUGAAGUUCUACCAGAUGACUGGACAGGACUUUGGCUGGGAUUAAUGGUUAAUGUGGAAGACCUUGCCAGAGUUAAUCCAGUCAUUCUGCUUCCUUCUCCCUAUAUGU